AAGUAUUACGUUGUUGUUAGGGGGACACACUUUUUCCAUUUAGCCAACUAUUUUAAACAGUUGCAUGAUUGCAGGCUGUCCUCUAUGAGGAGUGAUAUUUGCAUUUUAUGUAGCUCAUGCUUGAGAGAACUUGCACAAGUUUGCGAAUCCAAAGAUGGACAGGACUCCAAAUGCAUACUACUGCAUGUUUAUUGAAGCCAACAAGCAGCACGUUCGAUGCCAGAAGUGUUUAGAAUUUGGACAUUGGACUUAUGAAUGCACUGGAAAAAGAAAGUACCUUCACCGGGCUAGUAGGACUGUUGAACUUAAUAAAACCUUAAAAGAAAAAGAAAACAGAGUUAUGUUGCAGCAAAGGUCCAAGAGUGUUAAUAGUUCCAGCAGUACAACAGACAAUUCCUCUGGCGAUUCCUCUACGGACAGUGAGGACACUUCUAGUUCAGCUUCUGAGGAGACUGAUAGUGAUGACAGUUCUACUUCAUCCUCCUCCUCUUCAUCAUCCUCGUCUUCAUUGACUUCAACUAGUACAUCAUCAUCUUCAGACUCGGACUCUGAAUCAACUUCUAGUGAUACUGACAGCAGUUCUGAUGAUGAGCCUCCUAAAAAGAAAAAGAAGAAAUAAGUGCCUUAUUUUACAGAUAUACCGCGCAAGAUACGUGGAGUAUUGGCUAAAUGGUUUUAACUGUUUGUCACAGAGUUGACUUUUGCAAUAGGGAGCAUAUCCUUUAGCUUUGAGAAUGUUCUCAGAUUUGUACAAACUUAACAUAAGGUCUUAACAAGCAAGUUAGUUAUCAGUGGCAGAAACUUAUUCACCUUCUGUCGUGCAUUUUUACAAAGUUACUCUUGAACUUAAAUUUAAAUUAGUUCUUAGAAUUUUGUAAUUUUCUGAAUUUUUCUUGGUCGAAGGUUAGUAAAGGUGUCUCAUAAGUCAGUUUUGAAUCAGGCCAGUGUUCUUAGUGUCCUGGUGUAUGGGACAGUGCAUGGAACAUUUGUGUAAAAGGAAAGGACUUUAUGUAACUGAAAGUUGGUUUAUAUUAGUGUUAUGUGUUUUCUAAGGUACCAUAUAUUUUUCUAAGAAAUAGAUGAGGGAAUUUGAAUGAUACACCAUAUGGUAGUUUGAGUGCCUCUUGAGACCUGGGAACAACAUCCAGCUAAACGUAAUGUCCUUUAGUCUUUAUUCAGAUUGGUGUGCAUUGUUUUGCAUUUUCGCAUUGUCUUCAAUGUAGUAUGCCAUGUUUAAGACCAUUGGAGAUGGGCUUGCUUAAGUGAUCAAGAUAAAUUGAUGUAUUUGAAAAAGUUUUUUUUUUUUUACAAAAGUUAAGGCAUAGUAAUGGGUUCAGCAUCUGAUGUACAUAUUCUGAAUAUUUGCUUAAGUGAUCUUGUUUCCUCCUCAUGUCCUGCCCAAGGACUUAGAAUUGAAAAUUGUUAAACUUGCUCAGUAAAAGUUCUUGGUGGUUUGGUUUAUUAGCACUUCCCCACAACCAAAAUGUUUUUUAUGUUGUGUUAAUAUAUGAUGCAACCAUUAAAACUGAAUACCAUAAUAGAAUGUACGGAAUCCUUGUUUAGCAGAAUGAGGCAUUUUAUGCUGUCUGUUGAAAGUGACACAAACUAGCCAGAUAAUGGUUUCAUUUGCCUGGAGAGCAAAGUUGUUUUUUUUUUAAUAAUGCAUGUAGAUCCUUUGUCUUGGGAAGAUCAUGCAGAGUGAAAAUGCAUGAUAAAAAAAGUAAACUGAUGCUGAAAUGUGUUACUGUCUUUUUCAAAUGUAUUCUUUAUUUCUGGCCCAUCAAACUUGUUAUAAAGAAGUAGACUUCA